CUUCCCAACCGCUGAGGCGACGCGGGAGCGGCGCCCGGCUUUGCCUGUGUCGGGCCUCUGCGUCGCCGGCCCUCUCUCCUCGGAGACGCCAGAAAAAUUCAUUGUUGUCUCGUCAGAGCGGUUGAAUUACAGUGAGUGCUUUGAGUGCUUUAUUAGCUGAAGAAAGAUGGUGACUUCUCAGCACCAGAGGCCUUUAAAGGUUGGAACGGAGGGCCCUAAUGCCACAAUAGAGAACCGAUCUUUAACAUUUGUGAAGAAGCUCCUUGCAGUUUCCGUGUCCAACAUCACAUACUUCAGAGGAAUAUUUCCAGAAGAUGCCUAUCGAACAAGACACCUAGGAGAUGUCUGUAUCAAAAUUUUGAAAAACGACACCUGUCCGGGAUCUGUUCAAUUAGCGAAAUGGAUAUUGGGAUGCUAUGAUGCUCUGCAGAAAAAAUAUCUAAGGAUGCUUAUUCUAGAAAUUUACACCAGCUCCGGAAAACCUAAGAAAAUCACAGAGGGCUAUCAAUUUCAAUUUAAUUACACCGAGGAAGGAGUCAAAAUGGACUUUUUAAGUGCUGACCAAAACAAUGAAUAUCCUUGGGAGGAAACGAAGAAAACAAGCAUUACCCUCAUUCAGAAGCUUCACGUUCUGAUGCAGAACCUGGGCCCUUUACCUAAAAACUUCGGACUAACCAUGAAACUUUUCUACUACGACAGUGUGACUCCUCCAGACUACCAGCCCCCUGGCUUCAAGGAUGGAAACUGUGACGAGGUGAGGUUUGAGGAAUCCCUGAUGUGCCUCAAAAUAGGGGCAAUCCUAGCUCCCUGUCAUACUAUGAAGCUGAUGGUGACCACCAAAAAGAAUCGCAUCAAAAACAACUGCAAUGACAUUGUAACCGAGGAAGAUACGGAAGAAUUGCAGAGAAAAAGAAAAGUGCCCAGACCCCUUUCGGACAAACCUGGGGAUGAAGUACCGGACAAACGUUCCAAGAUGAAAAGGAGCCUGACAACUUCCAGAGAAUCUCUCCCAGGACAAGGUCCAACCCCGCAAGAAGAGAGAGCGGCGAGCCGGGGAGUAAGCCAACAUCUGACCACCGCUCAUUCUCAGGCCAAGGAAAAUCACCCACCUAGGGCUACUAAAAAAACUCAGAAGAAGAAUCUGAGGAAAACUGAACUGCCUUUCAAUGCUAAAGAAAAUCAGAAGAGUCAGUCUUGUUCGGGGAGAGCUGGAACUGACUGUUACAUGGAUUCAUCUCGCCGCCAAAAUCAAGAAGCAAAUCCCAAAAGGAGGAGAUUCAGCAAACCAAAGUAGAGAUGGAUUUUUUUUCCUUCCUGCCAUGGGGUCCAGGGAAGGGAAUUCUCGCUAGAGAAUUAACCUUUGGAUCAUUUAAGCUAAAUGGCAUUUUGAUUCAAAAAUAUGAGUUUUGAAGGGGUUGUCUUAGUUGUUGAGUUUUCUCCCAAAGGAAGGAGUAAGUUAAUUGUUGAGAAAAGCAUAUGUUAUUUAUUGCAAGCCUCAAGAUGAUUGGUUUGGGGAGGUAAAGCCAGGACAGGAAAGAUGGAGUGAAACCCGGGUUGCCCCAAGGGAAGAUCCCAGGAGAUGGGAUCCAUCCAUUUCCCAAGGGCGAAUCUGGGCAUGGGUUCGGUGGCAGGGCUGGGGGUUUAGACAUGUGUGUACCGGAUUCAGCGCCUGACAUCUUCGCACAUUCCUUGACCACCAUCCUGAGUCAUACAGACAUAUUAGCAGCAGAGAUGGGAGUUUUGCACACAUCACAUACUGUCUGCUGAGAGUAUUAAAACUUGGAUGGGGAGGACUAACCCUGGCCCUUUGUAGGGCUAACUGUUCCUAAAAACUUUAGUUUUAGUGUUAGUGACUAGGGUAAUUAAAACAAUAUUUAUUAAGCAAGGAUGAUUACAGCUUUACUCCUCAAGAAGGGUAUAUUAAUGUGAGGAUACAGCAUUUGUAUUCUGGUGUUAAGACUUAAGGAGUGUUAUACUGAAGAAGUAACAUUUUGAGGAAAAUAAAGUAUCGGUUGAUGCCCAG